UGUAUUACCGACGAACUUGCCGAUCAUGUUGUUGCCGCGGUAUUCUGACAGUUGAUGAUCAUUCCAUUUAGGAGGUUAACGUAAAAUUUUUAUGCGGCACAUUUUUUCUUGUUACAUCGAAUAUAAUCAACUCACGGAGGUGAAAGUAGUGUUAAAAUAAUCGGAAACAAUUGAGCGUUGGUGUGAGUUGAACGUAAACAUGGUAUAUAAACGCCCUCGUAAAUCUGCCAGGGGUACAAUAGAGGAGGAAAAGUACGUCGAAGCGUGUAGACGUGUGAUUGGAGGAGAAAAAAACCGAAGUGUAGCUAGAGAUUUAGGUAUGUGCCAUAUGACUCUUGCUCGAUAUGUUAAGAAAUACAAAGAAACGGAAACGGUCAAUACAGGUUAUAAACCUUAUAAUAAAGUAUUUACAGAGGAACGAGAGAAGGAGCUUGUUUCGUACUGUACUUCUGCUAGUAAACUGUAUUUUGGCUUGACCACUAAAGACUUGCGUAAAUUAGCAUACGAGUUUGCCAAACAUCUAAAAUUAAACUUUCCCUCCAAAUGGGAAGAAUCUCAGAUGGCCAGCAUUGACUGGUAUAAGGCUUUUAUGCAAAGGAAUCCUAUCUUAUCAGUUAGGAGGCCCCAAGCAACUAGCCUAGCUCGUGCAAUGAACUUUAAUAAGCCUAAUGUUGAAAAAUUUUAUCGAAAUUUAGCUGAGCUAUUGGACAGAUGGAAAUUUCGACCAGAAAAUAUGUAUAAUAUUGACGAAACGGGGGUAACUACAAGCCAAAAACCUCACAAAGUGUUAGCUGAAAAAGGCACAAAACAAGUUGGCGCAAUAACCUCCCAAGAACGAGGCACUUUGGUCACAGUUUGUUUAGCUGUGAAUGCCAUUGGCAAUGCUGUACCUCCAUUCUUUGUAUUUCCCAGGAAAAAUUUUCACCAACAUUUCUUAAGAAAUGGUCCCACUGGUUGUAGUGGAUCUGCUAACAAAAGUGGUUGGAUGCAGGAAGAGGACUUUUUGUUAUUUAUGCAACACUUUAAGAAGUUUGCAAAACCAAAUGAAUAUAAUCGCGUAUUGGUGGUAAUGGAUAAUCACAGCUCCCAUAUAAGUUUACCUGUGAUAAAUUUCUGCAGAGAAAACUUCAUUGCGAUCUUAUCAUUCCCUCCUCACACGUCGCACAAGCUUCAACCGCUUGACAGAUCUGUGUUUGGACCCUUUAAGACAAAGUUUAAUAUUGCAGCAGAUCACUGGAUGCGAAACCAUCCAGGUGAACGAAUGACAAUCUAUGAUUUGCCAGAAUUAGUCAAAAGUGCCUUGUUAGCAGCAGCCACAGCGUCGAAUAUAAUUGCUGGAUUUCAAUGCACAGGAAUAUAUCCAUUUAACGAUCAUAUUUUCGAAGAAAGUGAUUUUGCUCCAGCUUCCAUUACUGAUAUGCCAUAUGAAUCAUCUAAUGAACCACAAGCUGGGUGUUCAAAAGAUGCAAGUGUGUCAAAUAUUCAAGUAACGGAAUAUUCAUCUCAAGAUCGUGAAAUUCCUUUACACAAAACUCCACCAACAUCACCUACUACACGACAAUCGCUUGAGGAUAUAAAACCACUUCCUAAGGCGCAAUAUAAAAAAAAAUCAAAAAUUGGAAGGGCAAAAGGUAAGACAGCUAUCUACACCGAUACUCCUGAGAAAGAAGCUUUAGAGGAAGAAAAGAAAAGGAGGGAUGUCAAGAAAAUUCCAAAACUGCCAAACCAUUUGACAACAAAAAGAAGGAGACAGGAAAAGAAAAGCGUCGACUACGAUUAUUCUGGUGAUUCGUCUGAAGAAGAAACUACUAUUUGUCUUGUGUGUUGCAAACCAUAUUCGAAGAGCAAAGAGGAUUGGUUACAAUGCACUGAUUGCCGAAAAUGGGCGCACAGCAGUUGUGCGAAUAAUGAUCCAUAUUUCAUUUGUCUUAAUUGUUUAUCAGAAUGAUACAAAUAUACCCAUUUAACCCAAACCCAUUUGUAACAAUUGACCCUUGGUACUGUCACAAUUGACCCCUCGGUGGGGCGAUUGUUACAUUUUGAACUAGUUGUCAUAAAUGACAUUAUAAUCGUAUAUGAAAGUUGUUUUUGUUUUCUGUUUGGUUUAACAACACCUAUAUAGUUUAGCUAUUUUGUGAUAAAAAAUAAAUAUUUUUUGAUGACUUGUGAAAAAGUUAUGUGGAUUUAAAAAUAAUUUGUAACAAUUGACGCACCUCUC